AUGCUCAUCCCCUUGGUUGUUAACAGGCAAGUCUUCUUCAAAGCUGCAGUUUUGCUGCGUCUUUUCUUCAUAGUCUUUCUCUAUUCGAGUUUUCUUUUUACUUUUUUUGCCCUCAAUUUUUUUCGUUUUUAUAAAAUUCUUAUUCGUUCAUUUUUUUUUUUAUUCCUAAUUGCUUUUUUUAUUUUUCCUCAUUUUUCUUUCAUUUCUUUAUUUUGUCUUUUGAUACUUUUUUACAUUGUCUCGAUUUUAUAUUCCUUCAUUUACUUUUUUGCUUCACUCGUUGCUUCGUUUCUUUUUCCUUCCUUCCUUUUUUUCUUCAUUUCCUUUUUCCUUCCUUCCUUUUUUCUUCGUUUCCUUUUUCCGUCCUUUUUUCAUUAUAUUGUCCAGUUACAUUUAUUUCAUUUUUCAAUUUCUUUUUUUUACUAUUUCUCCUUCAUAUUUUCCUUUUGGAAAUCUUAUUCACUUCCUCGCUACGCCUCUGACAAAAUAUCGCAUUUCAAAGAAAUCAUCAAAAUUCUGGGAUUCAUUUAUUUAUUCAUUCUUAAUCCUAUUGAUUUUUUUUUUCAUUAA